UCUAGUAGGAAGUGGCCGAAGUAUGGCCGAUCGUGUAGUCAUAUGGACAUAAAUAAAGGCUAGACACAUAAACGAUCGGUCCCAUUUGACCGGUGUUGAUCGCUGCUAGCGCUGUGGAAGAACAAUUGAGUUCCUGCUAAAGUGUCUGUGUUUGAAAAUAGUUUAGUGAAUAAAUUUUGCGAGCAUGUGGUUCGUCCUGAUAUCUGUGGCUAUCGUGGCCAUUACUCUGUUGAUUCGCAGACACUUUACCUACUGGGAGCGUCAAGGUAUACCGAGCGACAAGCCGGUUAUACCCUUCGGGUCGUUAAAGGACACCGUUUUCGGUAUAAAGGAUGUCGGUUCCGCGAUUCACGAUCUUCACGAACGCUACAAAAAACCUUUCGUUGGAAUUUAUCUGCUAUUCAAACCAACCCUGCUGAUAACCGACCUCGAGCUGGCACGACAAGUUCUAAUUCAAAAUUUCGUGAGCUUUCACGAUCGCGGCAUUGAUUCAACUGUAAGCCCAGAUCUUUUCUCGAUGCGCGGUGCAAGUUGGAAGAAUCUGCGUAGCAAAUUGACACCACUUUUCUCGAGCGGCAAGCUAAAGGCUAUGCUGCCGACAAUCAACGAUGUUGCAGCCAAGCUACUAAAUCACUUAGAUGAACAGUUGGUUUUUAAGAGUGUAGUGGAGGUCGAGAUGAAGGACAUGAUGUUCACCUAUUCGCUCGAUGUCAUUGGUUCAGUAUUCUUCGGAAUGGACGUUGACAGCUUCAAAAAUCCAAAAAACGAAUACCGAACAGUGAUUGGAGAAGUGCUUUCGCCUUCAGCUUGGCUGGACAGGAUAAAAUCGGUGUCGUUUUUCGUUUGCCCGCCUCUAUCGACAUUCAUGGAAUAUUGCGGCUAUACACCCAACGGAGUCCUGGAAAUACGCGAAAUUAUCAAACGCGUGGUGAAUUUACGCGAGCAUAAAAAUGUUGUGCGUCGUGACUUUAUUCAGCUACUUUUACAAUUGCGCAAUUCAAAUAAGAUUACAGAUGAUGACAAUUGGAGUUUGGAGAAGGCAUCGGAAGAUGCCAAGUCCAUGUCCAUCGAAAUGAUCGGCGACCAGUGCUCACUUUUUUCCAUUGCGGGUACUGAGACCACGGCCGUUACGGCGGCCCAUACACUCUACGAGCUUUCUAUGUACCCAGAGCUUUUAACAGAAGCUGUGGCAGAAGUUGACUCUGUCUUAAGCAGACAUGGCCUAGAACCAAGUGACCCACUCACUUAUGAGGCCAUACAGGACAUGAAGUUCUUAGAACUCUGCACUAUGGAGUCUCUACGUAAAUAUCCAGGCCUGCCGUUUGUGAAUCGCGAAUGUACACAGGACUUCGAAAUUCCCAACAGUGGUUAUACGAUCAAAAAAGGCACGGCCAUUAUGAUUUCACUUCUUGGAAUGCACCACGAUCCAGAGCAUUUCCCGAAUCCACAAAAAUAUGAUCCGUAUCGUUUCACCGAAGAAAGUGAAACUGGCUACAAUACCAAUGCAUAUAUGCCUUUCGGCGAAGGACCCCAUAACUGCAUUGCCAAGCGCAUGGGCCAGCUCAGCGCAAAAAUCGCCAUUGUCAAAGUGCUCGCAAAUUUCAAUGUACAGCCGAACGAACUCAAGCGGGUCGAAUUCGAUUCUAGCAAUAAUGGUGUUACACCUGUCGUUAAGGGUGGAGUGCGACUAAAAUUAUCAAAGAGGAUCCUAUAGACACUAAGUAAAUUCUAUACAUAUUUUAGAGCUAAAAUCAGUGUAAGAGAAAAGAAGGUAGCAAAGAUUAAUUGAAUAAAUAUUUUUGUAUCAUACAGCGCCAUAUUAUUAG